GUUACGUCAUUUAACACCUUUGACCGUAUUAAAUUAAAAGUUAUAAUACGUUCAAUCGUGUCAAAUAAUUUACGUGAUUUAAAACGGCAAAAAAUGUGUCAGAAGAGUUUUAGCUAAAUAACACAUUUGCAUUUGCAGUGCAUCUAUAUAUCUAUGUCAGUGAGAUAUAAUUCCAACAAGUUCAGAUUAACUCAUUCAGUUAACUGAAUAUAUCGCAGGUCUAUUAUUUUCGUUCCAAAUAUAAAAUCUUCUUACACUCGAAUACAGUAAAAUAUAUGACAAAAGAAUUAGUCUCUGCUUUUGUAGCAUUAAUAAAUUUAAUUAAAUCAAGUUAAUUAGUGAAUAAAGGAAGGGAAUGUCACAUAUAAAUAUAUAUUGAGUACAGAAGAUAUAAAAGACAUUGGUCAAACUUUAUAAUAAAAUUGAUUUGCUGUUAAAUAAAUAUUAAAAUUAAAAAUAAGAGAAAUUCCUCUUGCAUUUUUAAUUUAAAUAAGAGAGAGAAAUAAGAAAACUAAUAAUACUGUGAUAAAAAAGUGGGAGGUCCAAAAAAGAGAUACUGUAGAAAAAGCGGUGGAAAAAAUGUUACAAAAAGAAGUCCACGUAGAAAUUAAAGCAAAUUCUGAACAAGAAGAGGAACAAAUAUGAUUACAGAGAAACUGAAAAGUAAGGAACAGAAAAGGACAGUUAUGGUUAAAAAGAAGAUCUUAAAGGAGAAAAAUAUUGACAGUGACCUAACUUGGAAGCAGGCAGAGUUCUGCUGGCUCAUAAAUAAGCGAAAAGAGGCUGUUAAUGCGGCUGUUCCUACGGGCUACAUGUCGGCGAAGCUACUAUAUUAUUAUUAGAAACAGGGAAUAACACAGACAAUAGAUUUUUAAUCUAUCGGAAGCCGUGCAUUAAUGCUACACCAGCUUUAUUCCUUUAAUUUCUUAUUUCUAAUCGUUAAUAUCUGUUCCUUGUUCCUUAUAUUUUUCAUUGUGCGGAGACCUUAAAAAUUGUCUAAAGCGACGUUAUCGCAAAUAUCGCACAUACAUGCGUGCCACAGCUAUGUCAUUGAUAAUUGAUUGAAGGAAAGAGGCAAAGAGUGGGGUCACAGAUUUCCGUUCACGUUCAACAAGAUAACGCUACAGCAGUCUGUUCUGUGCCGGUUUGAACGGAGAUAAUGCUGUCAUUUCGUGUGCUUUGAUUGCAUCGGUAAUUCGAUUGUCAGUGACUGAUUUGACAAGAGGCUUGCGACAAAAUCUGUUCUUUUUAAUAAAAACGAGCGUUGCGCACUUCCGAAAUAUAAUACAUAUGUACAACAUAUUUUCGGAUCGCACUGUAUUUACAUUCGCUUUAAUAUGCAGCUUGAUUUGCUGAUAGAUUUGGCACAUUCAGCACAUAUGAAGAAGCCGAUCGAGGCGUUAUCAUUCAAAUUAAAUAGGAUAAUACUUAUUGUGCGAAAAGGAAUAUCAUGCAUGUGAUACCAGUUUUUAGUCUCCGCUUUUCUGUUCUUUUCCUCGUUUUGCUUCUGCGAGCAAGAACGAGCGCCUUCUACAAUUCCACAUUCAAGGCGCGUCUUUCAGCAGCCGUAUGGCGUUAUCGCUGAAGUCAGUACACUGUCUGACAGUGUCGUAGGAUCAAUGAAAAUAGCCGAUAGUGAUUUGAACCGAGUCCGUUCUUGUUCGGAUUGUACUUUGUUCCCGCGGGACGGUGCAUCCUCCAACUGCAGGUGGUGCAUGUCAAUGCGACGUGUUGAAAACCGUUAGGGCCAGAUCAAGUAAAGUUUUCCUGCCGCGGAGCGCUUUCCACAAUGACAGCACCAUGUCGUCAUAGAUCAAUGGUGAUUUUAGUGUUGACAAAGUGACCGCCGCCAGAUGAUAAUUUGCGCAAGAUAAUCCUAAAUAUAACAUAGCGCAUGGAUAGUGACAUUGGUGCAACAGCAGCAUCAAAUGCUCGACGGUAAUCACCAUCAGGGUCAGAAGGAGCAGGACAACGUGAAUGGUACUGUUGAGUCUGCCGAGAGUCAUGCGGUCGACAGGUUUCGCGGCGAGGCUGGAUGUUCGGUGAAGGAAAUCGCGGUCGUAGCUCCGGACAAUGAAAGCGUUGGAGAUUCCUCUACGCAGUGCAGUGACGUUAUAGACGACGACAAUGAAGAAGAGGAGAUGGAUGUCGAGGAAAGCGGCGCCGGCGGCUGGAUCAUGAAUCCGCCGGUAUCGACCAUCGUCCAGCAGCAUCAAGCGUUCGAUACCACGAAUGGUUACAUCGCCCUUCCGAAUCCCGAUUCGUCGAAUUUUAGUGACGUCCGCAUGAAGGAUUCGAGCAAUGUGCAUCUGGGUAAUGAGGUCAACUACAAUGGCCCGGUUACCAUAAACCAUGUCGUUUACACGAAUCCUACUCCGAAUCAAGAUGCGAUUGAACUUGACGUUAUCCGCCCCUCCGACAAUAUCUCGGAUUUGUCGACGAAUAAGGACAACGGAGCUCCAAACGGAUGCAUUUUUCCGCAAUAUACUAAAUUAAAUAAAGUGACACAAUGGCUCUGGACGUGGAAACGUGCGGUUUUAUCGUGCGUUAAAACUUUAAUACUUCUAGCUAUUGUAGUGCCCAUAACUGUACAUUUUAUUCAUCAAUUAGACGCAUCGGUCUCCCCGGAAAUUCCAACCUCAUCGAACGAAGGGUCAUAUCAUAUCAUGAUAGGGUCAUUUUUACCGUCGGUGCGACCAACAACAGGAACUACACGAUCGCCACCGACUCCUGCACCAACACGUCCUUCUGGAACACCUUCUAGCACAAACACUUGCAAAGCACCUCCGCAACCGCAAAACGGUCGCUGGAAGUUACAUCGAUCGCAGUGCUCAGAUGGACAGGACUGUAACGUUCCAGAAGGAACGGAACUGGGAUUAGGAUCUUAUCUCGUCUACUCUUGUGAUUCGGGAUAUAAAAUAAGAGGUUCGCCCGACGUUAGCUGCAGUAUCGGGGGAAAAUGGCUUAAUAUACCAGUUUGCAGAGUUGAAAGUUCGCAGAAUUGCACGACGGCAUCGACCACAUGGAUCUUCGAGAACGGCAAUCGACGCGGACGACAAGCCUGUCCACAUCAGCUCAUCUUUGAGGACAACUUCGAUAAUCUCAAUGCCACAAAAUGGAAUCAGUUGAAUCGUUUUUCCGGCCCGCCGGAUUAUGAAUUUGUCGUCUAUAUGACCAAUGAAGUAACGGAUACGAGCGAUGGACGGCUGCGCAUUAAACCGAUCCUGCUUAAUACUAAAUACGGCACGAACUUUGUAUUACGUGGAACAUUAAAAAUAGAAAAUUGCACAGGCGAAAUUGUUACAGAGGAGUGCUACCGCGUAGCCGCUGGCUUCUACAUCUUGCCUCCUCUAAUCUCUGGACGUAUUAAUACAAAGGGAAAAUUUGAGUUUCUUUUCGGGCGUGUCGAAAUAAGAGCCAAAUUGCCACAUGGCGAUUGGGUGUAUCCUGUAAUAACACUAGAGAGUGCCGAGAAUAAAUGGCAAUGGGGACUGCAUCACGAGAUCAGGAUUGCUUCCUCGGUGGGCAACGAAGAGCUAAGGACUCCCGAGGGUGAGACUGUCAGUGGUCAUAUAUUGGCCGCGGGUGGACUGACCGUAUUCUUAAAUGAGAGUAACGCGCAGAGUAAUAAUCGCAUGACGCUACCCAAAAGGCAGUCGGGCGAAACCUGGUCGGAUUAUUUCCAUAUCUACGAGAUCGAAUGGAAGAGCGGCCUCAUUGUAGCAAAGGUUGACGGAGUGCAGUACGGCGAGCAAGCCGUCCACGGGUCGUUUGGAAAACCGUCAUAUUUGACUUUGGGCGUAGCUGUCGGAGGCAUUCGCGAAUUUGAAGAUCACGUCACGAGCAACGGAUAUACCAAACCUUGGCGAAAUGUCGAAGUGAAGGCAUUGUACAGAUUCUAUCUUGCGAUAAAUCACUGGCAUCCCACAUGGGACACAAGAACGGUGCUUCAAGUGGAUUAUGUGAAAGUGUGGGCAUUGUAAAUACUUUCGUCUCCAUGAAACGAUAAAAUAUCCGUAUAACUACGUAUAUUUUUAUUAUCUUAGAUUUUAUACGCGUGUCUUUCUUGCAAACACGUACGUUUAUCAAUAAAGGCCGGAACACAAUACAAAGGUACAGGCAAUAGAAAUAGAAAAUAGCAACAGAAUGUAGAUUUUCAACCUAUCAGAAGCCGCGUAUCAAUGCAUUCCGUUGCUAUAUUCCCUGUUCCUAUUGCUUGUACCUUUGUAUUGUGUUCCGGCCUUAACGAUCAUUUAACUCACACAUAUUAUACACAAAAUAAAUAAUAACACAGACUGAUUUGUA